AUGUCAGCGGUCUACUUUCUCAGAGUCUCGAAGCUGCUUCUCCUGGCUUGCAUGGUCGGAUCGGCCAUCCCAAAGAUGAGCAAGCCGUCGUGGUGGAUGAGCAAGCAGGUGAUGCGUGGGUAUCGGUCGGUUGUAGGAUUGUCUGAGCGCCUCACUCUCCAUCGAUCCAAGCCUUACGUACACUUUGCUGCCGUCGCCAGUCUGGAACUUUACCACUGGCGAUAAAGGAUGCGCUACGGUCGAUGCAGCAGCGACGUGCUGGGACAACAAAUGCAAUUUCCUGGGGGGCUCAGUCGAGUACAACUUGUUCGAUGCUACAUACGACAACAAACAGAUGAAAGACACUCCCCACGCUUGGGCUGUGUGUGCCCAGUGAGCAAAAGCGCAUACGUCGUGCAUGCAGAGCGCUCAUUGUUUUGUUUGGGUCUUUUGUAGGGAUGCCAGUGCGGACUUUACUGCGCAGGUGAGCGAGACGAUCAUCUGUCCAAUCGCACAAGCAGCAUGCUCGGACUCACACCUCGCUUGAAUGCAGGUGGGCGCAGCUCUCGGAUGGAAAGCGCUCUCUGCGGAGUGCAACAACAAGAACAACUGCAAAGAGUAG